UCUUUGAUUAGGUACACGUAACGUGUAACACGUUUUGCCGACCUGUAAUAAUUAGUUCGAGCUGAAGACAACACCUCACGCAAUGAUGCUUGAUUUAUAAAGGAUUAGGACUUACUGAGCUGAAAUGGAUAGAGCAUUCUUUCUGCUCUAUUUCAUGCAGAUUUUCUGGAUUUUGUUAUUAGUAACAAAACUGGAGGCAAGAAUUCAUCUAAACAACACUAAAUUGACAUCAUCAUGUGAUAAAGACUUCAUUAGUAGAAUAGACAGGAUGCACCUCACUGUGUGGUUAGAUGUGGACCAGGACAAAACAUUGAAAGACCAAAUUGAUCUGAAAAUAACGACAAAGGCUCAUGAAAACUUACAACAUAUUUGUACUGUCACUACAACUGAUUGUAAAACACCCAGGUGUUCCUGUGUAUAUUCAGCAGAAGAACAAAGAGUAUUUGUCACUGUUAAUAUCUUAUUGCAAAGUGAAUACAGUAAAGGUUUUAUAAUAGCCAAAGUUUGUUCAUCAGCAACAGAUUGUCAAAAUGAAACAAUUACUCAACUUCCUAUUGUGUAUGAUCCAAAUUCAGUAUUACUGCAAAUAAAUUCAAGAAAUGUUUCUGACAAUGAAACAUAUAUACAGCUCUCAGCUGAUGAAGAACUGUUAAGAUUCUGCUGCCUGAACUCACCCAGCCCAUGUAACACAAAGAUAAUUCAAGAUAACAAAACAAUUGCACGGGGUACUCCAUGCUCAACUAAAGAGAUAACAACAGCAGCUAUUAACACAACAUAUGAGUUUCAAUAUGGAUUGUGUAAUGAUGAUUUCAAAAACCGGAUGCUACAGGUUUUGAAAAGUGCUAAAAUAGAUGAUGAGUCCUCCAUUCAGUUUGUAUAUUUGGUUCUAGUUUGCUCUCUUUUGCCUGCCAUUUUGCUAAUUUUUGUAUCUAAACUUCAUUAG